AUGUGUACGGAUCUUGAUUGCGAAUGUUCAUCCGACUCACAGUCCCUGGAUGAUGCGCUCGUCCAGCCCGUCCCGACUCCAAGCAAGAGUAUUAUCACGAUGGAACAAUCAGAUCCGAUCGCAAUCAUCAGCAGCACCCUCUACGCCGUCAUUGUGAUUGGACUUCUGUACUGGCAACGCACGCUACAGAUGCAGCAACUCGACCUGGAGCAUGUGCGGUGGAUGGAGGAGCUGCGGGUGAGGUAUGGGUAG